CUUUGUCUAAACAGGAACGAUGAUCGCACUCUUUGUCGCUCUUUACUCUCUGCUUUGUCUCUGCACAGCUGCAAAAUCUUCUGACAUCAAGGAGCUUCACGUGAAAACAGUAAAGCGUGGAGAAAAUGUAACUAUGGAGUGUGACAUCAGCAGGGUCACAAACAAAUAUAAUUUAGUUUGGUGCAGACAGAGUUUUGGAAAAGUACCUAAGUUUUUAGCAAGACGUUACGGUCAAAAUAAUUCCAAAUUUGCUGAGGGAUUUAAAGAUAGCCGCUUCAGUAUUACUGUAAAUGACCAUAAGUUUGAUCUCAACAUUAUCAAAAUGGUAGAAGAUGAUGGAGGAGAAUAUUUCUGUAUAGAACUGGAUGGAAGUUUACUAAAGUUCACAUCUGGAACACGUCUUCAAUUUGAAGAUAAAGAGAUGAAACCCUGUCCUACACCUGGAACGGUUAACAAGAACACAGAUUCUGCUACACUCCAGGGUUCAGACAGCAGCGAUGGAAAAGGUGCUUCAUCAAGAAACCAUCAAAUUCCCACCAAUCAGGCUGAUGAUGAAGAUGCUUUGAACUAUGCAGCUGUGAGUUUUGCUAAGAAACCUUCAUCCUCCAGAACCUCCAGAGACAAGAGCCAUGAAGAUGUUUAUGCACAAGUUAAAAUAAAAUAGAUGAAGAGAAAUGACUUCACACUUGAAAUACAAUAUAAAUACAAUUAUUCACCCAGUUUGUAGACAGAUGUGUUAUAUUUUAAUCAGACAAAAACAUUUUUAUUGCUGUAAGUUUUAUCACCAUUUCCAAACCUUUGUAAUGUACUAAUUUGCCUUACUUGAUGGAUGUAUUUGUUUUUUAAUUUAUUUAAUGAUUUUUAUCCCUUUUAUUUUAAUUUUAUUUUCAUUAUCUGCUGUUUUUUUUCUGAAAGCCUUACAUUUGGAAUGUUUUCUCAGUAUUUUCUCUUAAAGUUUCUAGUUUUCUAGAAUGUAAAAAAAUUUUUUUAUUUUUUUUUUUAUUUUGAAGGUGAUCAAGAAAUGGCUCAUGGUAAACAAUUUGCUUAAACUUUUAUUUUGUAAUUUAUUUUGCUUGGGAGCUUUAUAAAGAUGCUAAAUCUUUUGAAUAUUGUAAUUACUUUAGAUUAGCUAAAACAUUUUUGUAGCCAGUACAUCUGUAAACGUAAUACAUUUUCCACUUUUCCAGAAAUACUAAGGACAUUUAUGUGCAACAGAGCUAAAUAUAAAGACGAGUGGUUACUGCAUUACUGAUGAGAUUUGAGUGCUUAACCUGAAACUAAAUUCCAGAUAGACAUUUACGUGAAUGAUGUCAAUCACCAUAAU